AUGCUCCCGGCCGCAUCUGACGAUCUUAUCCGCCAGCCCAGCCGUUUGCCCGAGGACGACAGUUCCUUAACCCCGGAUUUGAACCGGACCAUACCAGAGCAUGAACCCAGUGCGAAAAGCAAAAAGAAGAAAGGCAAGAAGAGCAAGGUGACUCGGGCUGCAGCUGAAAUCCCACCGGAUGAUAUGUAUGUAUCCACCGGUGAUUGUCUGGUGUCUAAGGAGUGCGUGCCAUUAACGUCAGAUCAUGUGGAUAGCAUCCAACCAUCUGCCCCGGCAGAGGAGUCUCUCUCCUCCCCAGAUCCUCCACCUCUUAUUGAACAUGUAAGCCCAUCUAUCACGUCACCUGUUCUGGAUGCCCUCGAUUCCUUCGAGCCAGCGGGUGACGACCUCACUAGCCGCACCGAUACCUGGGCGCAAUCGGUGCCUUAUGGAAAGAGCCCUCCCACCGAUCUUAUCGAUGGGGAUAUACCAAGUACAUCAAUACCUAGUGCAUCUCCCUUGAACUUUCCAACAAUCCAAGAAAGGACUGGUUUCAGUCAUCCCUCCUCGGCAUCUCCUCAGACUCGCACUUUACCAUCUAGCUAUGGUAAUGGCUUUCGAAGCAAUCUGGGCUCGAGGCAACAGUCUGUGGACAGAAGAAAGAGUCACUCGUACGGGAGCCCAAUGAGCAAUCAUGCGCCUCCCCCUCAUCUUCCUCAAGCACAUUUCUUCGGAGCACCAGAUAUCGACAUCCUUCCAAGUCAGACCCGAUCGCCCACCGACGGAAAUUAUUCAUUCUGUAGCUUUGAUACGUUGCCUAGCUUAUCACCUAAAGGUCCACGGACAGGAAUGAACGUCUUGCUAGUUGGGACAGACGGCGCCGUGGAGAUCCUCGCGAUCGAAGGUCGUCGAACUCGGCUUGUGGGACAGAUCACUGGGUUAAAUGGUCGUGUAAUCGAAGCUAAACUAUUAACUGGCCACCCAUCGAGCGACCCGUUUGUAUCCUCCCGGCCGCAUGUUGCUGUCGUGGUUCAUGGCCCGUUGCCGCCGCACGAGGAGGAAGGUCGAAUCUCGUCUGCAACAUCGGACGCAAAUGAAAUCCCUCCAUCUACUAUUCGCGGUCACUCCAACGACAAACGACGGGAUGACAUCCAGUUCUAUCAAACCCGAGUUGAAGUUUACUCUUUCCGGACCGGUGAACAUGUUUCCACCCUGUUUGCAAGCAAGCCAGUGCAAUGCCUGGAAAGUCUUCCUGGCCUCCCGUCUUUUGCCUCCUCACCUGUGGGCAAAUUGAAGCUCUUCACAACCGGUGCUUACAUUAUUUUGGCAUCUGGGGUCAGCGGGGAAGUUUAUGUUUAUAGACAUGUUCUAUCCCUGGAAACAACUGCAUAUGAGUGUCUGGGUAAGACAUGGACUGGAGUUCAGUCUAAAGAAACUCGGCGUUACUCAACCUCUUCAAGUUCUACAACUGAUCCAGAAGGGACUAGCGCGGACUCUCCUCAUGGCUCUUCUGCCUUAGAAAGACCCAUCCUAGCUGUACAAGGAAGGUGGCUUGCAUUCGCUCCCCCGUCCUCGUCAUACAGGGGAUCAAUUCAGGGCACAGUUCCUUCGAAUCUGAUCCUUGGCAAGGUUCCGGGAAUUGAAACUCGCAGUCCUCCUGCUAUUCCCUCAGUGUCAUGUGCGACAGAUGUUGGAGAGGGGGAAAGUUUCUUUGACAAAAUGGCAAGAGGCGUUACCCAAGAACUUGUCCGAGGUGCCCGCUGGAUGGGUGAUCAAGGAAUGCAGGCCUGGAACAAUUAUUGGAACACUCAGCAGACAGCCGGCACCUCUCCACGUCGGCCACUUCAGGGACUCGACCCUCAGGCGCAGGGAUAUGGAUUAUUCCCUCCAACCCAUGCCCAGGAUACACAAAAAUCAGCCACAGAACCUGACACUGUAUCCAUCAUCGACCUGAGGCGAUUUGAAGACGGCACAGAUAUACGAAAUGUGUUUAUCCACCCAGUCUCAACGUUCCAUGUCCCUAAUGGUUGCAGUUUCUUGUCUCUUUCUCCAAACGGCCUGAUGCUUUUCACAGCGAGCAAGAAGGGCGAUGUGCAAUACGUGUGGGAUCUUAUGCAACUCAAGCACUGUCGGUCCGUGGCUUUUAUGGCUGAUGAUCAGACGGGACAGAAUCCCAAUGUGCGCCAGGUUGCUAGAUACGCACGGUUGACUACAUCUAGUAUCGUUGAUGUAAUUUGGACGGCACCGGUGGGUGAUAGAUUGGCUGUCAUUACACGUAAAGGCACCGUCCAUGUUUUCGAUUUACCUCGAAGCGCGUUCCAAUGGCCUCCAUUCCGCCGUGCAAAGCCCACUACAAAUAAACCACCGACGGCGGAUCCCAUGGCGGAUGAGAUAACCGGCCAAGCCGCUGGUGGCAAUCCAUUGUCAGCCGCCAUGAAGUUGGUUGGCGGUAAAACGCAACCAUUCUUCUCUGCUGUUCGGGGCCGUGUCCCAUCCACCGCCGCUGCAUUUCCUAAUAUGAGUGGAUUUGCGUUACCUUCUGCUGCUAGUGUAAAGAGUGGAAAGGUUGUCGCUGCGGGCCUGAGCAAGUCAAUGGGCGCCGCAACUGGCACUGUCAAUACUCUGCGUCAUGUCGGGGAGAACCGUCUACACUUGCCAGGACUAGCUCGAGACCCUGCACCUUCUCGGGUGACGUGGAUUUCCAGCAAGGGCCUCAUAUUCCUGGGUGUGGUAGAUGGCGGGUACUUUAAGAUGUACCGGCUCAAGCGCGCUACUGGAUCCGGCCACAAGAGCCGACAGCCUCACUCUGUUAUUGGCGGUAAGGAGUCCCAGGUCAAGCUACCUGCCAAUCUCCAAGGCCCUUGUGGACCAGCUCCUUUGUCUACUUUUGAUCCAGAAUUAGUAGUUCGUGCCUCACUUGUUCUGCCUUCAGUCAGCUCUCAGCCAUCUACUGCUGCAAGAUCGCUUUGCCAGCCUCUCUCGCAGGCCGAGAUCGAGACAAAUACCCCAUACCAGCCCUUCCAUACCGACCAGCGGGUUGGGUUGAGUGUCUUCUCUUCUGGCAGCGAUGCAAGCGAGCCAAGUGGACAAUGGGUUUUCGGCAAUGAUAUCCCGCUGACAAAAGUGCACUUGAGGUCCUUCAAUAGCCCCAGCGAUGACCAUGGCGAUGACGAAGAUGAGAACGCUGUCAUACAUGGACAUUCGCUUGGUGCUGGUGGAGAUAUAGAAAAUCUUAUCACUCUUGGAAAUAGCACCGGCAAUGUGGAGGAAGUAGUUAUCACCACACGCCGUAAGAAGAGACACUCCACUCCACUAAAAACCGAUGACGGUUUCUUUGAGGAUGAUUGCGAGGUGCUUGAUUUUGCUCGGGACCGUGUCUGA